AUGGUGGCAUGGGACAUUGAGGCCCAUCUACGGCUGGCCAACCAGCUGAACAUCACCAAGUCAUAUCUAUCCAUCUCAUCGCCAGGAGUUCACCUCGUGCCAAAGGACAACGAGCUUGCUCGAAAAUUGUGUCGAGAGUGUAAUAAAGAGGGUGCCGAUGCGAAGAGACGUUUUCCCAAUCGAUUUGGGUUCUGGGCAUCGCUCCCAAUACCCGACGUGAAUGGCAGCCUUGACGAACUCACGUACGCCUUUGACGAGUUGCAAGCGGACGGGGUUGCGGUUAUGACCAAUAGUCACGGAUACUAUCUAGGUCACCACGACUUCGAACCGGUGUGGGCCGAGCUUGAUCGUCGACACGCUAUCGCCUUUGUGCACCCGACGACCGGCUGUGCUCGAGAAUAUACGGCCGAUGGCUCAGUACAAAGUCGGAAGGCCAUGCCACUUUCACAAUUCCCAAGCCCUAUCUUUGAGUUCUUCUUCGACACUGCCAGAGCAGUGAUAAACUUAUUCUACUCGGGGACGGUUACUCACUAUCCGAAUAUUACCUAUAUCAUCCCCCACGCCGGGGGUUGCCUACCACCCUUGAUAGAAAGAUUCUUAGUCUCCGCCCGUGCGAUGAAAAUAUCGGUCGAUAGCGCGAUCGCUCCAGACUCUGUCAAGGUGAAAUUGAAGUCAAAUUUCUACUUCGGCAUGGCAGGGACUGUUUGGCUCGAUCAACUACCGAAUCUUCUUUCCUUCAUCGACAAGAAACAAGCGCUCUAUGGAAGCGACUAUCCUUUUACUUCAGCAGAGCAUGUCAAGAUACUGGCGGAAAAUAUGGAACGGUUCCUGCCGGGCGUCUUCACAACUGUGGACGAGAGGGAAAUGGCUUACAAAAAGAACGCCGAGAGACUUAUUUCCUGUGACAAGCCUGAGGCUGCUCGUGGUGCUACAGCUUCUAACAUCUGA